AUGGCGUCGGAACAUACCGUGACCAAGGUUCUGUUGGAAUGGAUCAACAGCUUCUCCUUAGGCAAAACUCUCCGAGCCACUGAUGAGUUGACCGAUGGAAUCAUCUUGUGGGAGAUUCUCCAGGAUAUUGACCCCCAGUAUUUCCUUGAGGAAAUACCAGAGCCCAACUCCUCCGAUCAUUGGGUGGCCAAGUGGCAGAACCUGAAGCACAUCCACAAACUGCUGCUCAGUUAUAUUCGACACCAAAACGACGACAUCCUACCUUCCGGUCUCGAUCCGUCGCCCGAUCUCGAAUCUAUCGCCGAAAAAGCCUCUGCCAAGGAAACGAACAAGUUGUUGAAGCUUCUCCUGAUCGCGGCCAUCAGCUCCCCCAACGCCGGAACAUACGUACAAACACUUCAGGAGCUGAGCACCUCAACACAGGAGGGGCUCAAGGAUAUCAUUGAGGAGGCGCACAAUGGCCAAUAUGAGCCCAUGGACGCUGCGGACGAGCUCAGGGAAGAUCUAGCCAAGCACGAUCGCCCUGUGGACCUGGAAUUGCAGUUCGAAGAACGCGUCGGAAAGGCAUUGGAGGACCUGCACAAUCGCCUGGCGCGUCUCCAGGAGAACAACGACACCCUGCAAAAUCGGCUCGCCUCCACCGAGGACCGGCUGGUUACAUUGAAAUCUGGAAAGGGUGAUAUUGGAUUCAAUGCAAAGGCAUUAGAAAGCAAAACCCGCCAGCAGGACGAUCUAAUUGCGUCCCAGGAAGCGAAGUUGACCGCGGCCCAGGACGAAAUUGACAGCCUUCGGAUGACAGUCGAGUCCUUGCGCGUCAAGAACCAGCGCUAUCAGAAGUUGCAGGAUGACUAUGAUGAACUUCGUACCGAGAGGGAUCAGCUCGCGCGCAAGGCCAACGCGGCUGAGAAAUACCGCCAAAAGCUGCAGGCCAGCCAAGACUUUGAGAAAGAGAAUCAGACCCUCAAGAACCAGAUCAAAGAUAUUCAGCAGCAGCUGAAAGAGUCAGACUCGCAACAGCGGUGGUCUUCGGAGCGCGAAGUGGAGCUGGAAGAAUACCGCAAGCUUCUGCCACAAGUCGAGCAGGAAUGCAAUGAAAUUCAGAAUUUGAAGAAACAACUUGAGUUCAAUAAUCACGCGCUGACAGAGCGGCUGGAAAGUGCGGACGAACAGCACGAGAGAGAUGAUGCUUUGAUCAGCGAACUACGUGAACGCCUCGGGGAAAUGGACGGCUUGCCGGGCAGCGCGUCGCCUGGCUCUGAGACGCCAAAGAUGCAAGGGACAUUGCACAAGGACUUUGAGGCACUUGGUGUCAAAGAGUCUCAACUUAAAUCUGAGAAUGAUGACUUGAAGCGGGAAAUGGAGUCGAUCAAAGCACCUUCAGCUCCAGCCUCUCAUACCGGAGGCUUCUCUGAAAACUUUGCUGUAUCUGUGCACCUGGCGCGCUCUGGUUCCACUCAAAGUGAGGACUAUUGGAAACUAUAUGAGAAUUAUACCGGAGCUCUCAAGAAAAUUGCAGAAGUCCAGGACACCUUGGAAACAACCAAAAGAGAGCUUUCCGACACACAAGCUGAACUUGGUCUUGUCAAUCUGGAACAGGUCGAGAUGCUCCAAGGACUCGAGGCGCAUAACUCGGCUGAAUUGACAAGAAUUCGGGAUGACUGGGAAAGCCUCACUCAGAACGUUCAUCACCUGGAGGCAGAAGUCGAUGCCAGCCAGACGCUGGUGCGCGAAGUCUGUGCGGAACGAGAGGAACUACGCAAGAUGCUCGACAACAAGCAAAGCGAGAUUAGCUCUGAAGACCAGGAAGUGAUGAACGAGAUGCAAAUGCUUCUAGGCGAGUUUGAAACUCACAACACAGAGGGUGGCGAAGUACCCCAGAAAUCGAGUUUCGAGCUCUUGAAGCAGUGUGCGGGAGUUUUAGAGAAGAAUGUCGAACGACUCGCCCAGCGUGCGGAGUACAUCCAGCAACAAAAUGAGCUGGUCAAAUCACUUCGUGAGCGCAUGAAGAACUACGAAGAAAAUCUGGAUGAUGGCAUUUCCAAAGAGCGCGAGCUUGAGCUUCAGAGUAUCAUCAACAGCCAGGCCCGAGAACUCAACCUUGUGGGCUCGGCUUGGUAUCACCUUCAGAGCCGAUGGCAGAACAACAAUAUGACGGUAUCACGAUAUCGACAUGGAGCCAGCACGGGAGAUGCCAAGGGCUGGCUAGCAAAGCAAAAGAAACGCUGUCGCUGUCUUGAUAUGAUCAUAUGA